AUGGCGAUGACACCAGAAAUUAUAGUAGAAAAAGCUUCCAUUGCACCAGAAACUCCAGAAAAUCAACGUCGCCAAUAUAACAGAGUUAAACAACAACAAGGACAAUUGCUAGAACCACAGCAGAGUUCGUCAUCCUAUGAUUACUGCCAUUAUUAUCAUGAUAAUUCAGAUCAUCGGCAGAAUGCUUCUCCAUCCAAACAACAGUCACUUUCAUCACCCUCCGUUACUUUAUCAUCACCAAAACUGACAUUUCGUGAAUCGCUUCGUGACUUACAUGUUCCCAAAAUUUGGUCUAACUUACGAAAAUCAGCUUCUGAAAUAAGUCUAGUCUUGGAAGCGAUGCGUUCCGGAUCUUUACAAACGCAUGGAAUACCACCUUUACCAGGUAUUACGGUUGGCGGUGUUACGGUUGGCGAUAAUGCUCCCAAGUCAAUCCGUGUUUCGGCAGUGAAAAAACGAAAACGUCGUAAAGCAUUAGUCAAGUGGCAAAAUUAUUCACCCCAUCAUCUCAACGAACAAAUACGAUAUGUGCAAGAAGAAAAAGCGAUGCAGGCAGCACCAUCAGCGCCCAUUGAUGCAUCUAAAUUUGUUGCAUAUGUUACGGAACGACGGAAAAAGAGGAUUUUGUUUAAAGGAGAAUAUAUUAUGAUAUUACGAUCGGUGAAUCCGACCAAAUGUCGAUGUGAUAUCGGUCAGGCAAUGGAGAACCGUAAUCAAUUCCCUGAUACGCUGCCAUAUGAUUACAAUCGUGUCAUACUACGUAUGCUCCCUGGCGACAAAAAUUCCCACUACGCUAAUGCUAGCUACGUCAAUAGUUGGCUACGUGAGAAGGCUUAUGUUGUAACGCAAGCUGUUAGGACCAAACCCGCAAUAGCGGAAUUUUGGAGAUUGAUUUGGGAGCUUGGAUCAAAUUGUAUAGUUAUGUUAACUAAAGUUUUUGAUUUUAUGCGGGUCAUGUGUCUUCAAUAUUGGCCUGCUACAUCCAGUGAAUAUGGCCAAAUCGAGGUAGAAACAUUGGAGACCAAAAGUUACGCUCAUUUUAUCAUACGUACGUUACGGUUAUCAAAAGUGGAUCCGGAUGUGGGUCAGCAAUCUCGCGUGAUUAAACAUUUUCAUUUUACUGAGUGGGAACUGGACAGUUUACCGUAUAUUAGCGCCUUUAUUGAAUUACGUCGACGAGUUCGUCAGUACACUGACAAAUUUCGUGCCGAUGCACCAAUUGUUGUACAUUGCAGGUUUGUUUAUUUCUGA